GUUCUCAUCUGUCAAAACAGAUUUUGUUUUUGUUUUUUUUUUUUUAAUUAAAAAAUAGAAUUAACAGCUCCGUCGCUGAGACUUUGCCGAGAGAGAGAGAGAGAGAGAGAGAGAGAGAGAGAGAGAGAGAGAGAGAGAGAGAGAUGGAGGCGAAGACGGCGGCGGCGGAGCCGCUAUACAACGAUAGGGACAGGGAGAGAGGCGGCGGAGGGAAGUUCAAGAAGCCGGCGUCAAGGAAGCCACCUGCAAGUCCUUACGCCCGACCACUAGCUGUGCCGGCGAGACGCGGCGGAUGGUUAGCGAAACUCGUUGAUCCAGCCUACCGACUAAUCUCCGGCGGCGCCGCUAGGAUCAUCCCCUCAUUCUUAACCAGGGACAGCUCCAUUGCUCCCCCUCUUCUUCCUGUCGCCGAAAGCAACGAUACAGAAGAUGAGGAGGUGAUACUGAGUGCAAAGGAUGAAGAGAAGUGCACUUCAAGUUCUGUAAUAUUCAAAUCUACUGAAAGGAAGGAUCCUAAUGAACUAUUAGAUAAAGAGAAGAGAAUGUCUCAAGAUGAAAAGCUGGGGCAGGAGAUACAAGACAACUCACAUGAUGAUUCUGAGAUUUCCAGAAUUGAGCAGCUGAUGAAAGGGAAAACAUUUUCUAGGGAGGAAAUAACUCGUUUGACUGAGAUUUUGAAAUCGAAAGUUACCAUUGAGCAAGAAAAGGAGAAACCAAGCAUGACAGUGGAAAGAGACACUGAAGAGGCUCUUCUUUUGCAUGACACGCCAAGAAGAUUAACAGAAAGAAGACAGGAAGAUGUGAACAGAGCUCUACUUGGACCUUUGACACCCCUGCCCCAAAGAAAUGUGAGUCAAUUGCUUCCGUUAACUGUUCUCUCUUGGUUCUGCUUGUUAUUAAACUGGUCCUCAUUGCUAUGCAGGGAGGAAAUAACUCGUUUGACUGAGAUUUUGAAAUCGAAAGUUACCAUUGAGCAAGAAAAGGAGAAACCAAGCAUGACAGUGGAAAGAGACACUGAAGAGGCUCUUCUUUUGCAUGACACGCCAAGAAGAUUAACAGAAAGAAGACAGGAAGAUGUGAACAGAGCUCUACUUGGACCUUUGACACCCCUGCCCCAAAGAAAUGUGCAAGAUGAAGUUGGUGCUUCACCCAUAGAUGUUGCAAGAGCUUAUAUGGGAAGCAGAAUGCCAGAUCAAAGCCCUGGGCCUCAUUUUAUAACCAAGGAGAAACGAGAUCCAGAAAAUUCAUAUAAAUCAUAUCUUGCAUUGCCUUCAUCAAAACCAGAACCUUGUUGGCCUGGUAGCAUGGUGCGGGAGCAGCAGGGCUACAGUACACCCCAGAAUCAGAGAAGCAGAUUUGGGCUCCAUGAUUUUCCCAGGACUCCAUAUUCUAGAACUUUAUUAUCGAAGUCUAGAACCAAGCCACAAGGUGAUAGCAGGUGCCUUGACCUUUCUGCAAAGACUUUUCAACAGUCUCAAAUGUCUACGUAUGGGCAGGUGAGGACAAAGAAUGAUGUGUUUGAAAGCAGUUAUGGAUCAGUUGGACCUAUACGGAGAAUGCGUAAUAAACUAGGAUCAGAAACCCAACCCCGAAAAUCCAUUUUCCUGAAUCCUUCCAAAGGUGCCUCACCAAUUGAAAAACCAUUUGCUCCUAAAAUGUUCUUGCCUGCUGUCGGAACGAAUAAGGGAAUUGACGAAACCAUUGGGACUUCAAAGUCAAACAUAGUAGACCAUGCUGUUCCAACUGAGACAACUAGAAUAAUGCUAGAGCACUUUAACAGGCACAAGCCCACACCGAGAGAGAAGGCAGAUGAACUGAAGCUGGCUACUGAUUGGAAGAAACCUUCCUGGGCUGACGUCUCUGAUGCAAGACCAAAUGGGAGUGUCAACCUUCCAGUUUUCAGAGAAUCUCAAGUCCUAAAGACAACGGAGUUGGGAACCACAACAUCUUUUAAGGAUGGAGAUAACGGGAAAGGCAUUGUUCAGAUGAAUUCUGGGGAUAAUAGUUUAGGGGUAGAUAAAGCUACCACUGGUGUGAAUACUAGAGCUCCUGUUUUGAAGACUGAUGCCAAUGCCGGGCCUUCGUUGUUCACCCAGAAUAGUGAUUCACAAUUCAAGGGUUUCCUUAGUGAUUCCAGUAUCCCGAGUUCUCAUAAGGGCUCGAUAGGCACUAAUAUCGGACCAAGAGGGACAGUACCAAACUGGUCUUUUCAACAACAGAGUAAUGGGCAGAAUGCCUCCACAUUAUCCAACCCGUUAAGCUCUAAGCCAGCAAAAGAAUUGCCAGCACAUACCUCUGGAACAAAACCAACCUUGCCAGCUAUUGCCAUCAGUAAACCUGAUCUUGGACGCGGGAUUUUCUCUGAUAAUGGCCUUGGAUUCACUUUCCCAGUUCCUGUAUCAUCUGGCACACUCUCUGAACCACCAACACCCUCAAUGCCAUCUUCCGCCACAAAGGUUGCCUCAAACCCAGAAGAGCCAUCUGCUGUUCCUUCUUACAGUUUUGGCAUGAAAAAAUCUUCACCGCCCCUUGUCUUCUCUUUCCCGUCUACAAGCAGUACACCUCUCAUUACUGAUCCUUCAAAUAUUAAGUUCAACUUUGGGACAGAUGAGAAGCCAAGGUUAUCAUUCAGCGCCGCAGGAAAGCCCGCCUUGGGUGAAGCUCAUCUUGUGACCUUAGUUGGUAAAGCAGCUUAGGUUGUCCAUGGUUAAUUGAUUCAAACCAAGAAGAUUAAUAAACAGCUCUCAUGAGAAGUCGAACUUAGAAUCUUGUAGUUACCAAGCUAAAUUGUCUGACUAACUUGGUUGAUGUUGCUCUGACUUUUAUCCGCUCUUGGUACUUGGCAAGAGUGAACAUUAUCAACUCUGCUUAGAGAAUAUGAUGCCUUUAGAAUAAUAGUCUCAAUAAUCCAAUAAUGCUUUUCUCA